CGCAACGGAACAUCACUGUCUGCCUUCUCGCCAUUUUAGUCAUCGGCCAUCCAGCCGUUGAGCUGUUAGCUGCUCGAAGGCAACGUAAAAAAAUCACCCUAAAACUAUGCCGAUGACCUAGUAGUUUUGAAGGAAAUUUCUGCAUCUUGAUUAUUUCGGUGUUAGUUGUAGUGGUUGAUAACUUUUGGGCAGAUCCUCUUCAGCCAUGUCGACGGAGGGAACAGCCGAGCAGACAGCAGCUGAGUAUAUUCCUGAGAAGGUGAAGAAAGCAGAGAAGAAGUUGGAAGAAAACCCAUAUGACCUUGACGCAUGGAGCAUUCUGAUUCGAGAAGCACAGAAUCAACCCAUAGAUAAAGCAAGGAAGACCCAUGAGCGACUUGUCUCACAGUUCCCGAGUUCUGGCAGAUUCUGGAAACUGUUCAUUGAAGCUGAGAUAAAGGCUAAAAACUAUGACAAGGUAGAGAAGUUGUUUCAGAGAUGCCUAAUGAAAGUGUUACACAUUGACCUGUGGAAAUGCUACCUUGCAUAUGUUCGAGAGACCAAAGGGAAGCUUCCCAGCUACAAAGAGAAGAUGGCCCAGGCGUAUGAUUUCGCCCUUGAUAAAAUUGGAAUGGAAAUUAUGUCCUACCAGAUUUGGGUCGACUACAUAAAUUUCCUGAAAGGAGUUGAGGCAGUGGGCUCAUACGCAGAAAAUCAGAGAAUCACUGCAGUUCGGAGAGUCUACCAAAGAGGUUGCGUGAACCCAAUGAUAAACAUUGAACAGCUCUGGAGAGAUUAUAGCAAAUAUGAAGAGGGUAUCAAUGUGCAUUUGGCUAAAAAGAUGAUUGAAGAUCGCAGCAGGGAUUACAUGAACGCAAGGAGAGUGGCAAAGGAGUAUGAGACAGUAAUGAAAGGGCUUGACAGAAACGCACCUUCAGUCCCACCACAGAACUCCCCUCAGGAGGCCCAGCAAGUGGAAAUGUGGAAAAAGUACAUUCAGUGGGAAAAAAGCAACCCACUCCGUACAGAAGACCAGACCCUCAUCACAAAGAGAGUGAUGUUUGCCUAUGAGCAGUGCCUGCUGGUUCUGGGCCACCAUCCCGACAUUUGGUAUGAGGCCGCUCAGUACCUGGAGCAGUCCAGCAAGCUGCUGGCAGAGAAAGGAGACAUGAAUAAUUCAAAGCUGUUCAGCGAUGAGGCAGCUAACAUCUAUGAACGUGCCAUUGGGACUCUCCUCAAAAAGAACAUGCUCCUCUACUUUGCGUUUGCUGAUUACGAAGAAAGUCGCAUGAAGUACGAGAAGGUGCACAGCAUCUACAACAAACUGCUCGCGAUCGAGGACAUCGACCCCACGCUGGUCUACAUCCAGUACAUGAAGUUCGCCAGGAGGGCGGAGGGCAUCAAAUCAGGUCGCGCCAUCUUCAAAAAGGCUCGAGAGGACCUACGCACGCGUCACCACGUCUACGUGUCUGCAGCUCUGAUGGAAUACUACUGCAGCAAAGAUAAAUCAGUGGCCUUUAAGAUUUUUGAGCUGGGUUUGAAAAAGUAUGGAGACAUUCCAGAGUACAUACUUGCCUACAUUGAUUACCUCUCCCACCUUAAUGAGGAUAACAACACUAGGGUUUUGUUCGAACGGGUCCUCACCUCUGGAAGCCUGUCCCCAGAGAAAUCAGGUGAGAUCUGGGCUCGGUUCUUGGCGUUCGAGAGCAACAUCGGAGACCUGGCCAGUAUUCUUAAAGUAGAGCGCCGACGUUUCACAGCCUUCAAAGACGAGUAUGAGGGGAAGGAAACGGCUUUGCUUGUAGAUAGAUACAAGUUCAUGGACCUUUAUCCCUGCUCUACCAGUGAACUCAAAGCCCUUGGUUACAAGGAUGUGUCUCGUGCCAAACUGGCAGCACUGCUCCCUGAAGCUGUGGUGGCUCCCUCUGUGCCUACACUAAAGGACGAUCCUGAUCGUAAACCAGAGUAUCCCAAACCAGACACCAAUCAGAUGAUCCCGUAUCAGCCACGUCACCUCGCUCCUCCAGGUCUACACCCGGUCCCUGGUGGAGUUUUCCCAGUCCCUCCAGCUGCUGUUGUCCUAAUGAAGCUGCUCCCUCCGCCUACGUGCUUCACUGGUCCCUUUGUUCAAGUGGAUGAGCUCAUGGAAACUUUUAGGAGAUGUACUCUUCCUGAGAGUGUUGAUGCUGCUGUGGAGCUCAUCACCGGCAGACAGCCUGAGGCGGCAGGGGAGGGCAACGGCCCCAUGGAGAACCACGCUACCGCCAAGUCCCUCAAGAGGCCAAACGCCGACUCCGACGAGGAGGACGACAAGGGAGCCAUAGCGCCACCCAUUCACGACAUCUACCGCGCGCGCCAGCAGAAGAGGAUUCGAUAAAGCGAAACCGCUGGAAGAAUGUAAUCUUAACAGACUGUCAAAGAGAAUAAAAACACACGUCCACAGGACUGGGUUUUACAUCUGUACAAAUAAACCAUACACACGCUCACACAGAUACUUUAGCACACAAAAGCGUUUUAGUGUUUGUUUUUUUUUCUGUUCCGUCAUGAAUUUUUCUUUUUUUAUUUCGAAAGACUGAUAAUUAUACUGUACAAAGUUUUUAAUUCUACUUGGACUUUGGGAUACAUUUCUGUUCUGAUCUUAUGUUUCAGUUGUUCCAAGGAUAGCAAAGUGGAAGCUUUUUUUUUUCCUUUUUUUUUUUUAGAUAUCCGAGGAAACACUGUUCCUUUCAAUAAAAUUGUAAAAUAAUUUCAGCUGCUUGUGUUUUUAUUUGAGCAUGAAAUAUUGCUGACGCUUCAGUGCAGACCCAUUUGAGAACAGAAUUUGCUCUCUGUUUACUAGUGUUUC